ACUCUAUCUUUUUCGCAAUCUCGCAAUUUUACUGAAAUGAGUCUUUCGGAGAUUUUGUGGAUUUUUAUCCUAAUUGCGGCGUUUGAAACAGUGUCCAUCGCUAACUCAUUGACCGGAGAUCACGUUUGCACAAGAAUAGAGAAUUACACAGUUACAUCGUACGAGACUUACACCGAGCCAGUCGUGGUUAAUUCAUUCACCUGGUGUCUACAAAUUCCCCCGAGAUGUCCCAAGACGCGGACCGAAGUACGACAACGAUAUCAUGUGAAGACGGAGAAAAAAUCGAGGACUCUGAAGGAAUGCUGCGAAGGAUACAAAAUAAUUCACGGCGAUGCGGAAACGGAUGCGAGCUGUUUACCAUUUUGCGAAAAAUGUGUGGUAGGUGUAUGCGUCGCACCCAACGAAUGCCGUUGCAAUCCUGGAUAUUAUGGAGAUGACUGUGCUCAUGCGUGCCCAUUGGGAUUUUGGGGUCCACAAUGUACAAAAAUGUGCGAUUGCGGUGACAGUAGUAUCUGCGAUUCUGUAAAUGGCACUUGUCAAUGUUCUCCAGGACGGAAAGGACCUCGAUGCGAGGAGCAUUGCGCAAUCGGCCAAUGGGGCUCGGGUUGUGCAAACAAAUGCACAUGUCAAAACUGGAAUAAUGGCUGCGAUGCCGUAACCGGAAGCUGCAUUGACGAUGAUGCCUCUUCGGUCGAGCAAACGUCGCCUGCUUAUUUGCAGAGCUCUACUAUCGACCGUCUACCGCAAACAUCAGGAAUUAGUAAUACAGAGCAUACGGAGAUUGUCUCUGUGCCACGUGAGACCGAACGCCAGACGGAAGUUUCAAUUGCAGGUAUCAAUAACAGUUGGAAUGAUACCAAUUACAUUCCGGAAACGACGAGUCCAGCAACAGCUUCAAUCAUAGCCCCUCCUCAGGGGGUAGAAGUCUCGGCAAACGAAAUGCAAAUAAAGAAUCCUUCCACCACUGCUCGUCCUGUGAUCGUUUUAGUCUCCGUACCCGAACGUAGAAGGGACGUUGAAAAGGAUAGGCAAACGUUCGCGACGAAGGACGCUUUUCUCAGACACGUCCAAAGUGACAAAAGCAUCAGCGUGCCAAAUGUCGAUUACGUAAAAACUAUUCACAAAGACGAUAUUCAAACACCAACGCCGAUGUCGUUGGACAUCGCUCUAAUUGUCAUCGCCGCGAUUGUCUCCCUCGGUCUUACCUCGCUCGCGGUGGUUAUGGUCCUUCACAUGCGUUCCAAACUAUUCGAGACCAUUCGUCUUGCUGUCUACGAUGACGAGAAGACCAAAAGCCCAGAACGCGAGAGCGUGAACAACGGAAGGAUGUCGGUGGUGAACGCCACUCUGCCUCCACCUCCGAUUUGCGCAAAUCCGGUAUUCGCCAUUAACACAGAACCGGAAACGAUACUGACGGUCGAUGGCAUUGAAUCGCUGAAUACUUAUGCUAACGGCGCCGCUACGAUCGGUUUGCGAAUUUCUGGUAAUUUUCGCGACCUCUUACAAGACAGUCAUUACGACCGACCAUCGGCAACUCUGAUACGUCUGCAGACAAAUUUCGACCAUAACACGGAGCACUUGUAUGACGAAAUACCCAUGCAAACAACUCCACCGGAUCGCAAGGAUCUGUGAUGGAGAAAUGCAUUUCCACUUAUUGCGUUCAUGGUCCAGUCUAUAUCCGUAUCUUUAGUUAUACAGUUCAAUAAUGCGUCAUAAUAAAAGGACCUUGAAACAUUUUUAGGCGACCUGUCAACGAUCGAUGAAAAGUCGAUCGAAAAAAUGCGCGAAAACUGGUUUCUGACCUUACGCAGAACCGAUAAAUGUGCAAGGCUAAACGUGACUGCAAUUGAGUGGCACAAGGCGAAGAAACAAGUCGUUCGAGUAUCGUACUGUCAGUGACCGACAGUAGAAUUUAAUUAACGGAGCAUACAGCUCCUUUUGAAUAAACUAUUUUGUAGUGUCGACAAAAUGACGUCAAACUGGAGGCAAAUGCACUCGAUUAUGAUUGCGCGCAAAUGCGCAAUUAGGUGGAAAGCGAGGAAUAAUAAAGUCC